UUGCUCAGGAAUCCUCUGGAAUCACAUGGAGAAGCCAUCAAAGUCCCCUUAACUCACGGUAGUCCCUCCUCUGAGGAGGGGAUGUUGAUAGUGGCUCUGAAUCGUCUCGGAUUCAGAAAAACGACUCACAGUAACUACAACAUAUUUUUACCCUGUCCGUUGGGAACAUUUUCAAACUAUACCUUGUUGACUUUAGAACCAAAUGUGGAAAUAUGCAUAGAUUGUCCUCCAGGUAUGUUGUACUUGAUUCCAGAGAGAAUAAUCGAGACUGCUGGAAUUCCGAAAAAAGGUUUCUUUAUUAACUCGGCAGUCUGGGCCAUGAUGAUAUGCAAUUCUCCCCAUGGCCUGACAUCAUUUUAGAGUGUCUUAACGCAGCUAGCCUUCAAAACUGACUCAGCCCAAAUGUAGGCACCCAAAAGUAAUUGAAAAUACAAGUAUUUAUUAUACUAAUAUCUUGUUAAAAGAAGGGAACUAACAUAUAUUUAUAGACUGACAAGUAGGGUCAGAUAUGUUAUGCUCGAAAAUUUGGGAUUUAUGCUUCUGAGCGUCACACCUUAAAACAUAUCAUUAUGCCCAAAAAUUUGCUGAUGAUUUUGCAUUAUACUCCAUUUAUUAACUAAAGGUAAGGGUGUUUUAGAACUCUUCAAAAAAAAAAGUCAAAGAGUAGUGCAAUCAUUAUAAGUGUGGUAGAAACGCAAUUUAACGCGUCUGUGCUCAAGACUUUUAGUCAUUAUGCUCGAUGCCGUGACUUUAGCAUUAUGCCCGAAAUUAUACCGGCGUAAAAGUUUAUCUGAGCCUACGUCCCGGCAAACAUCGCAAAAUGCCAUUUACAUCUAAUACCAAUUAAAUUUUUGACCUGGGAAUCUCUAAUAAAAUCAAAAUGAGAAAUGGGACGAGAUAUAGACAGAAAAAUGGAAAGACAGCAAAUAAACAACAACACAAAGAUGCUCACAUAACACGGCUGGUUUGCAAGAAAUGCUUUAGAAUUCAGACAAUAACUCAGAAGACAAUUGGACUCCUGACUCAGAUGAUGGACGUCAGAGCCAUGACUCUUCUGAUCUUCUCUUUUCAGGUGGCUUUUACUCCGAUAGCCUUGCUUUCGUAGGUAAAGGUUGUAAGAAAUGUCCAAACGGUUCUUACGUUGCAUAUGACAAGAAACCUGGAAAAUCAGUAUCAAAUUGCAAGUCGUGUCCUCAAGGUCAGCUCUAACUGCCGAUUUCUUACCUUUUCUUACCUAAGUUCUCUGAGGUAAACUUUAAAAGUUACAAAUUGUAGCCUUUCCGAGAUUUUGAAAUCGUCUCAAGCGUCAAAAGGCGGACAAGCUCAAAUAAGAGAUGAGCUUACGUAAAACCUUUUCACUUGCUACCCCAAUAUUUCUUCCUGAUAAAAGUUUACUGGGUUGGUGUAAGUCAUACACUAAUUCGAUGAUAACUGGGUGAGAUAACGCUCCAAUCAAAGCCAGUUCUAUCAUGAGAAUGUGUAAACUACCCGCUGACGAUCAAAUGUUCGUAAGAUGUGGCUCAAAAAGGCCAAAAGGAAAAUUAAAAAAUCAAAGUUGACUAUAGAAUAUGGGGAGAAGGUGGGAUGAAAAGUUUAGCUUUAAGAAAUGACUUAAAGGUCGCAUAGUUUCGAAAGCCAUUUGGUUAUGAAUUUGUGUUACGUUGUGCCUUUAGUUCAACCCUUUACUAAGGUAAGCUCUCAAACGAGAACGAAAACAUAAACACUAAAGCAACCAUUUUACCUUUAAUAGGAACUGAGACUGACUAUUUUGCUGGAUACCGAGCUUGUCCAUGCUUGGAGGGUCAUUAUCGAACCCAUUUGUUCGAGGGAUGCCGCAAAUGUGGCAAAGAUGGAAUCGUUUGCCAAGAUGAAUAUGCCUCUUUGAAACCUGGUUAUUGGUGGCAGUGGCGAAACGAUUCUUACAAACUUCGUUAUCGAGAUUUUAUAAAAAAUCUCAAUGCAUCUUUACCAGCACUAGAUGAAAAUUCUGUGCAGUAUCCUUAUGCACUUCCAACACCGUACAGGUGCCAAGUACCAGAGUCCUGUGAGGGCGGAUUGGACUCAUUAUGUGCAGCUGGAUAUGAGGGACCAAUAUGCGCCGUAUGCAGCUCGGGAUACCAAAAGCAAUUCCACAGCUGCAAAAAAUGCCCAUCAAAAUCGUGGAUCGUGGGACAAUCGUCUCUUGUGGCUGCGAUUUUCCUAAUAACAUUUACCCUUUUGACAUGGAAAAGGAAAGCGAAGCUUGCAAUGGACCAUGGUCACAAUCUUAUGGACACAUUCUUAUCCAAACUUAAGAUUUUAAUCGGUUUUUACCAAGUCACUCACGGCUUACUGGGCGUUUUCUCCUAUAUCAGCUGGCCAAGUUCGUUAAAAGGUGUUGCAAAGUACUCAGAAGUGCUACAGCUAAAUUUGCUUGAUAUAGCUCCUGCUCACUGCCUUUUUCCAGGAUUUCGCGCGAAUGCAUUUGGAGACUUGUUUGUGAUCUUGUCAAUUAAUGCAAUCGCCAUUGGCGCUUCUGGUGUGUUCUACGGUAUUCGUAAGAGAAUCAUCUUACAAAAUAAAAGCCUGGAGGACGAAGAAAAACCAGCCAAGAUCUCAGAGAUGAAAGAAGUCGUGUACAAAAAUGUCUUCUUUGUCCUCUAUGUGACUUACCUGAGUACGUUCUCCAAGACAGCCAGCGUUUUACAACUUGCUUGUCGUAAAGUCUGCAGAGACAAAAAUGAAGAGUUGUGCAACGAGUACCUCAAAGCAGACUACAGCGUGAAAUGCCAAGGCUCGACAUAUAACCACCUGCUAAUUGUUGCAUACAUUUCCACUGCGUACAUCUUAACUCUACCCGUUGCUUCAUUCAUCGCCCUUUGGAGGUAUCGGCGAGCAAUAUCAACCGCGGCAGACGGUGACGGUUCAGGCGUUGGCACGGAACUUGUUGAAGGACUACGAUUUCUUUUCGAAAACUACAAACCACAUACGUGGUACUGGGAGCUGAUUGAAAUGUCUCGAAAAGUGAUUUUAACAUCUGGCCUUAUUCUUGUGGGUCAUGAAAGCAGGUCCUACAUUGGUCUGGCAUGGGUCGUGGCUGGUGUGUAUGGAAUUCAUUUCUCCUGGAUGAGACCUAUACAGGACCCAUUCGAAAACAGGUUGAUGACGACCUCCAUUGCAGUUACAGUUGUCAACUUGGGUAUCGGUGCUGUGAGCAAAAUUCCAGCAGAGAAUAUAUCUGACGCAGUGGAUAAAGACAUGGAUGCUUUAACAAUGAAGAUACUGAUUCUUGGUGCAAAUACUCUUGUAAUUUGCCUUCUUGUUGGUAAGUACUGAUAAAUUGUUGUUGAAAAAUUUGAGCAAAAUACUUAAAUCAAGCUGACUCUUGCUUCUUGCUUUUUCAAACCUGCACAUGGACGCUAAAUUUGCCAUUCACGACUAUGCUUUCCGAUCAAAGUAUUUCGACACGCUUGGAAUUAUCAGUAUGUGUUCUUUUGUAUUUGGCUUUGCGAGGAAAGUUAUGAACGGAAGAUAUAUAAUUAACUUUAUAGGGUUAAAUUUAUGCUAACGCAAGGAGUAAGCCUUGCUUCGUUCUAAUAUCUUAAAUAACUUCUUAAAAUGUAAACUGGAACAGUCUGAAAUUAUUGAUGGCUUUAAUCUGAUAGGAAUUCUGUGCAGAAAUCACACGAUAGGUUACUUUAGUGCUUCAUAUUAAAAAAAAAAUUAUUUUUGCUGUUGGCAAGAAUGAUCUGUUGGCAGAAGGAGAAGCGGGGAAAGGGAAAACGCCAUUAAUUGCCUGCUAAUUUUUUUGGCUCACACGAGGAGAUUUAGCAGUUUAGAGAGUGAUUAUUUGUAUACCCUAAUAUUUUGGGGGUGGAUUGACCUAUGGGACGUGAAUUACUUCGGUGAAAUGCUGCUGAGCUGAAAAACCUUUAUUACCAGAAAAAAAAAUUGCCAGAAAAACUUCUUAUGAUUUGAAUUUUAUUUUCUUUACUAUCAGUUCAAUACUUUGUGUACUUACAUCAGUAUUUAAAAGAGUGGCGUAAGAACCCGCAGUGGUCCUUUUCCUGUUGCUUGGCGUUGGUUCUUCCUCUCAAUGAUUUGCAAGGGGAAAUUCGCGGUAUGGUCGGAAAGAACAUGCUUAAAGCACAGCUUCAAACAGGUAUGAUGGGAAAACCUUCCAUUAGUGCCUGCGCAAAAGAGAGUGGAGCAAUGAGUUUCAAUCUAUCUCGAGGAGACGUCGAUAGAGAUGAUGCAAAUACGACAGAAUUCCGUGAGCUACACUUGAAGAAAAACAAACACCGUCAGAACCACCGAACAAUCAAGUACGACCUUGGUACACAGACAGAGGUCACUAUGCCGUCAUAUGUUGCUACCCAUUGGUUUCUAGCGCGAGCAGAUAUCUCUGUGAGGACAUUGAAUAUUUAA